UCCACCUCGUGUGGUGUGAAGAAACACGUCACUAACCUUCGGAGGUUCCGACCUCCGCGUUGACCGAUGUUGUCGGCCGAGCGACGCCUGUUCGCGCGGACCCGCCGCUGAGAGAGAGACAGAGAGAGACAGAGAGAGAGAGAGAGAGAGAGAGAGAGAAGCGACCAUGGAGAAAGUCGGCAAAGACGCGAAGAGCAACCCGGUGGCGACGGCGAGUUGGCUGUCGAAGAUCUUCUUCUGCUGGCUCAACCCUUUGUUCCGCAUCGGAUACAAGCGGCCGCUGGAGGAGGAGGACAUGUACAUCGUGUCUCCGGAGGAUCAGUCGGAGACGCUGGGUCUGGAAAUGCAGAGAUUCUGGGACGUCGAAGUCAAGGAGGCUGCCAGAGAAAUGCGGACGCCUAGACUCAUGCGAGUCAUCGUCUCCUGCCACGGGAAGACGUAUAUGCUCUGGGGAUUGGUUACUCUUGCUGAGGAGAUCAUUAAAGUGGUCCAGCCGCUCUUCUUGGGGAAGAUCACUCAGUACUUAGAGUUCUACGACCCAGACAACUCCGUGGCGUUGUACGAGGCCUUAGGCUACGCGGCUGGCCUGUCCAUCACCUCCCUCAUCCUGGCAGUGGUCCAUCACUGUUACUUCUACCAACUGCAGAGAAUAGGCAUGAAGAUCAGAGUGGCCAUGUGUCACAUGAUCUAUAAGAAGGCGAUGCUUCUCAACCAUUCCGCCUUGGGAAAGACCACCACCGGCCAGAUCGUCAACCUCCUUUCCAACGACGUCAACAAGUUCGAUGAGGUGACCAUCUUCUUGCACUUCCUGUGGGUGGGGCCCCUCCAGGCGGCCGUGGUCGUGGGUCUGCUCUGGAUGGAGAUUGGUCCGUCGUGCUUGGCAGGCAUGGUGGUCCUUUUGUUCCUGAUGCCCUUGCAGACCCUGUUUGGACGGCUGUUUUCCAAGUACAGGAGUCUGACAGCGGUUCUGACGGACAGCAGAAUCCGCACCAUGAACGAGGUGUUGUCCGGGAUUCGGAUCAUCAAGAUGUACGCCUGGGAGAAACCGUUCAUGGCGCUGGUCUCUGAGGUCCGAAGAAAUGAGAUCACCCAGGUCAUGAAGACCUCCUACCUGCGGGGUCUCAACAUGGCCUCGUUCUUCUGCGCCAACAAAAUCAUCCUGUUCAUCACCUUCACCAUCUACGUCCUCCUGGGGAACCCCAUUACGGCCACUCGAGUGUUCGUGACAGUGUCGCUCUACACCGCCGUGCGACUCACCGUCACGCUCUUCUUCCCCGCCGCCAUCGAGAGGCUGUUCGAGGCGCUUGUCAGCGUCGCCAGGAUUCAGGAAUUCCUGAUUCUGGAUGAGAUAAAAAGAACCAGCUCUGCACUGCCACAGGAGGAGGAGAAGAAGAAGAACGCCUCUGUGGAGAUCCAGGACCUGUUCUGCUACUGGGACAAGAGUUUGGACGUUCCGUCGCUGCAGAACGUCUCCCUCACUCUGGACUCAAACAAGCUGCUGGCUGUCAUCGGACCCGUGGGAGCUGGAAAGUCGUCCCUGCUCAGCUCCAUCCUGGGAGAGCUGCCGGUUGAUACGGGGGUGCUGAGGGUGGGCGGGCGGCUGACGUACGCUGCCCAGCAGCCCUGGGUGUUCCACGGAACCAUCCGAAGUAAUGUCCUGUUCGGGAAAGAGCUGAACCCCCAGAAGUACGAGCGAGUCCUGAAGGCCUGCGCCCUGAAGAGGGACCUGGACCUGCUGCCCGACGGAGACCUGACGCUGAUCGGAGACCGAGGCGCCACGCUCAGCGGGGGGCAAAAAGCUCGCGUCAACCUGGCGAGGGCAGUUUAUCAGGAGGCAGACAUCUACCUCCUGGACGACCCGUUAAGUGCCGUGGACGCCGAGGUCGGGAGACACCUCUUCGAACAGUGCAUCUGUGGCCUGCUGAAGAACAAACCUCGGAUCCUGGUCACGCACCAGCUGCAGUACCUGCAGGCGGCCGACGAGAUCCUGGUGCUGAAGGAGGGUUUCAUGGUGGCCAAAGGGACAUACACGGAGCUGCAGCAGUGCGGAGUGGACUUCACUUCCCUGCUGAAGGAGGAGGAGGAGCAACAGCAGCCUCCUCAAGACGCCCACGACCGGAUCAGAACCCUGUCCCAGGUCUCGGUGCGCUCUCUCACCUCCUCUCUGCACUCGAUCCCAGAUGGUGACCAGUUACCGGUGGAGACGGUGCAAACGAUGACAGAGGAGAGUCGAUCUCAGGGAACCAUCAAAGUGGGCAUGUACGUCAAAUAUCUAUCAGCCGGAGCCAACGUCGCCUGUCUGAUCGCCGUGCUAUUGGUCAACAUUCUGGCUCAUGUAGCAUACAUCAUGCAGGACUGGUGGCUCGCUUACUGGGCCGAGGAGCAAGACAAGAUAAGUGCAAACAUCACCGUCGUCCAAAACGGACAAAACGUCACCGCGGAGCUGGACAGAGAUUUCUUCCUGGGCGUUUAUGCAGGUUUGACUGCUGCCACCAUCAUUUUCGGCUUCAUCAGGAACCUAGCCAUGUUCAACCUGCUGGUGAAGUGUGCAAAGUCUCUGCACGACCAGAUGUUCAAGGCCGUUCUCAGAGCUCCUGUGCGCUUCUUUGACACGAAUCCCAUCGGGAGAGUGUUGAACAGGUUUUCCAAGGACAUGGGUCUUCUGGAUGGCAACAUGCCUUGGACUUUCGUGGACUUCAUUCAGUGUUUCCUGCAGAUUGUCGGGGUGAUCGCUGUGGCAGCGUCAGUGAUUCCCUGGAUCCUCAUCCCUUUGUUGCCCCUCUUGUUCGUCUUCCUUUACCUCCGUCGCUACUUCCUGGAGACGUCCAGAGACAUCAAACGCCUCGAGUCCACCACUCGAAGUCCCGUCUUCUCACAUCUGUCUUCGUCCCUGAAUGGUCUGUGGACGAUCCGAGCCUUUGGAGCUGAGCAGAGGUUCCAGAAUAUCUUUGACGCCCAUCAGGACCUGCACUCAGAGGCCUGGUCCCUGUUCCUGACCACGUCUCGCUGGUUCGCUGUUCGUCUUGACGGCUUAUGUGCAAUCUUUAUUAUCAUGACCACGUUUGGCUGCCUGCUGCUAAGAGACCAACUGGAUGCUGGUUCUGUGGGUCUAGUUCUGACCUACUGUGUCACACUGGUCGGCCUGUUCCAGUGGGGUGUCAGGCAGAGUGCAGAGGUGGAGAACAUGAUGACGUCAGUGGAGAGAGCAGUGGAGUACACUGAGCUUGAGAGUGAGGCACCCUGGGAGACCCAGAAGCGUCCUCCCCCCGAUUGGCCGAGGAAAGGCCUGGUGACCUUCGACCAGGUCAGCUUCUCCUACAGCAAAGACGGACCGAUGGUGCUGCAGGACCUGAAAGUGAUGUUCAGACCAAAAGAGAAGGUCGGGGUCGUGGGGAGAACCGGCGCUGGGAAAAGCUCCCUGGUGUCGGCGCUGUUCCGCCUCGCAGAGUCAGAGGGAGAGAUCUACAUCGACGGAGUCCUGACCUCCGAGAUCGGCCUCCACGACCUGCGCCAGAAGAUGUCCAUCAUUCCUCAGGACCCGGUGCUGUUCACCGGCUCCAUGAGGAAGAACUUGGAUCCUUUCAACAAACAUUCAGAUGAGGAUCUGUGGGAGGUUCUGAAAGAGGUGCAGCUGAGGCCCGUGGUGGAGGAGCUGCCCGGUAGGUUGGAGACGGUUCUGGCCGAGUCAGGCUCCAACUUCAGCGUGGGUCAGAGACAGCUGGUGUGUCUGGCCAGAGCCAUCCUGAGGAAGAACCGCGUCCUCAUCAUCGACGAGGCCACGGCCAACGUGGACCCCAGGACUGAUGCACUGAUCCAGACAACAAUACGUGACAAGUUCAAAGAGUGCACUGUUCUGACCAUCGCCCAUCGUCUCAACACAAUCAUAGACAGCGACCGAAUACUGGUUCUCGAUGCAGGGCGAGUUCACGCCUACGAUGAACCUUACACACUCCUUCAAGAUCAACAGGGCAUCUUUUACAAAAUGGUGCAGCAGACGGGCAAACAGGAGGCGGCUUCUCUGCUCGAGGCGGCGAAACUGGCUUUCGACAAGCGGAGCCGCUCAGACACACUGAAUGGCCACGGCGAGGACCUGGUCAUCUGUGAGACGGCGAUGUGAGCUCAGGGAACGUUUCCAGUGAAGAGUCUGGAAAUCACUGCUGUAAAAACUUGACUUUAUUUUCUAUGAUUCUUAUUUAUACAGAAACAAGUUGCUGCUCAGUCCACUGAUGCCUUAGAGAUUUGUUUUAUCAUCUGUUUGAUUUUAAUGAUUAUUGACUGACAUUGUUCUCCAGGCAGACUGCUCUUAAUAAAAUGUUACUGUAAAUGA